CUCAGCAACCUUCGAGGACACAUCCAGUCCGUUUUGGUAUUGAACGUUCUGAAACUCUACUGCAAAGUCACCGCCAAGUGGUUCGCUGAGGCAAUCGGUCCUGAGGACUUUCAUGGUGAGGAGCCCCUCAACCUGGAUGCUGCCGCUGUGGAAGCUGUUGAUGUGCCCGGCCUGCUUGAUCGCUUCAUUGACCUGACCAAUGGUCUGAUGGAGAAGAUGGCACUGUUUGUACAUUCCGCCGAUCUGGAGGUGCAGGAGAGGCCCCUUUUCAACUACUCGUCUCUGAUAAACAUUACUCUUCGCUUCGCCAAUGUUCUUCCGUUUUAG